CAAUGUUUACUAUCUAUGGUUGAUCAGGCUGCUGCUUUGAAAGGGUCUGACCAUCGACGUGCCACUAAUGUCAGUGCUAGACUUGAUGCUCAACAAAAGAAGCUUAACCUUCCAAUCCUCCCAACCACUACAAUUGGUUCCUUUCCUCAGACCAUCGAACUUAGAAGAGUUCGCCGUGAAUACAAGGCCAAGAAAAUCUCUGAGGAGGAGUAUGUGAAGUCCAUCAAAGAGGAGAUCAGCAAAGUUGUCAAGCUUCAGGAAGAGCUUGACAUUGAUGUUCUGGUUCAUGGAGAGCCAGAGAGAAAUGAUAUGGUUGAGUACUUUGGAGAGCAAUUAUCUGGUUUUGCAUUCACUGCUAAUGGGUGGGUUCAAUCUUAUGGAUCUCGCUGUGUGAAGCCACCAAUCAUCUAUGGUGAUGUAAGUCGCCCCAAGCCAAUGACUGUCUUCUGGUCCACAGCUGCCCAGAGCAUGACCAAGCGCCCAAUGAAGGGAAUGCUUACUGGCCCUGUUACCAUUCUCAACUGGUCCUUCGUCCGAAAUGACCAACCAAGAUUCGAAACUUGCUACCAGAUUGCUUUGGCUAUUAAGGAUGAAGUAGAGGAUCUUGAGAAGGCCGGCAUUACUGUUAUCCAAAUCGAUGAGGCUGCAUUGAGAGAGGGGUUACCACUUAGGAAAGCUGAGCAUGCUUUCUACCUGGAUUGGGCUGUCCACUCUUUCAGAAUCACCAACGUAGGCGUCCAGGAUAACACCCAGAUCCACACACACAUGUGCUACUCCAACUUCAAUGAUAUCAUCCUGUCUAUCAUCGACAUGGAUGCUGAUGUCAUCACCAUUGAGAACUCUCGCUCCGAUGAGAAGCUCCUUUCUGUUUUCCGUGAGGGAGUGAAAUACGGUGCUGGAAUUGGGCCUGGCGUCUAUGACAUCCACUCCCCCAGGAUACCAUCAACAGAAGAGAUUGCCGAUAGAAUUAAGAAGAUGCUUGCAGUUCUUGAAACCAACAUCUUGUGGGUUAACCCCGACUGUGGUCUCAAGACUCGCAAGUACACUGAAGUGAAGCCAGCUCUUGAAAACAUGGUUGCUGCUUGCAAGCUUCUUAGAUCCCAGCUUGCCAGUUCCAAGUGAGACGUUAUCAGUACCUUCGUCUGAAAUCCUCCAGUUCAGUAUACCUCAAAUGAGAAUAUUUCUACAGUUGAAUAAACGCGUUCCAUAAUGAAAAUUAUUGAGUAGACGUAGUCAUCCCUUCCCCGCGGGCAUUUUGUUACCUUGUGUUUUGAUUUCAUUUUUUACGAGUUCCUGUAUUACGAGGAGUAUCGCCUUCAGUAUGCCUUAGAUGCUGCAUAACUUGUAAUUGUGACUCUGCGAGUGGGGACUAAAAUGCCUUUCUCAGAUUGCGCCAUAUAAUAUCCAGUUUUUAUAAUUUCCCCAUAA